GCUGACACCGCCCAAACAGGCGGAUAACAUACAGAUCGACCAUGGGGAAAUGAUCAAAUCAUAUCUCCUUAAUUGAUAUAUAUAUCCUAUCUUCGGAUCGUCUCUUUUUCUAACACAUUUCCCCCAGUUGCGCCUAUCAACAUUAGAGACAUCCACAGGAUUCGAGAUCAGCCUACUCACUCCCUGCCCGAUCCUAUUUCCUCCUUACUCUUUAACGUUUUCUAAAUAAAUUCCCCAAGACCAUCAACGGCAACCCCCUCUAUCCCCACGUCCGCAGGGGUAUAUACUCUGCACCGUUGGCUCUGAGUUAAACUCCUAUUUGACAUUAUCACACCGAUUCUGAAACGCGGUCUCUUGACUCCAUUCUCGUUCUUCUCUCACCUUCGCGACAUCAGCCCAUCAGCCUAUCUUGAACAUACCCUCCGCUCUACACACGGGCAGCUGGUCUGUUCUCGUUGCCAAAAGUCUUCUGCGCGUCGAAGCUCGUCGUUCUGCGUGGCUGUUAAUCAACUGGUAUUUCAACAUCCCUAUUCGACGUCUGACCGAAUCUGUUGCGUCCAGCUGGCCUACUGCUCUCUCCACCCCGGUUGUCUCUCGUUCUUCGUCUUUUUCGAUCUCGGCUAACCGAUCCAACUUUCGCCUCAUCGAAAUUCUAAAGCAAAAAACCCUUGGAAGACAAUUUAAGGGGGGCUCCCAUCUCAAACGUUUUGGUUGAAUCGUUUGCUAGUUUCUGGUUCGGCAAGGACAUAGUUGUACAAUGGCACAACAACAACAGCUGACAGACAAUGUUAUGAGAAGGAAGUUGGUGAUAAUAGGGGAUGGUGCUUGCGGCAAAACGAGUCUUUUGAGCGUGUUUACUCUCGGGUACUUUCCGACACAUUACGUCCCUACCGUGUUUGAAAACUAUGUCACGGAUUGUCGCGUUGAUGGUCGAUCUGUCCAGUUAGCUCUAUGGGAUACUGCUGGGCAAGAAGACUACGAACGUUUACGCCCGCUAGCAUAUUCAAAAGCACAUGUCCUCCUAAUUGCCUUUGCGGUAGAUACUCCGGAUUCUCUCGAGAACGUUCGAAAUAAGUGGAUCGAAGAAGCAAAUGAGCGUUGCCCUGAUGUACCAAUUAUUUUGGUGGGCCUUAAAAAAGACCUUCGUGAAGAUCCUCACGCAAUUGAAGAAAUGAGAAAGAAAUCCUUGCGUUUCGUCUCGCCCAAGGAGGGCCACGAUACAGCGGCGCAGAUCGGAGCAAGAAAAUAUUUAGAAUGUUCAUCCCUUACCGGUGAAGGUGUCGAUGACGUUUUCGAAGCUGCAACCCGCGCUGCUCUUUUAACCUUUGAAAAGGAUAGAGGAUCAUGCUGUGUCAUUUUAUGAGUUCAUGUCACGCUCACCUCACGGAAAUAAUCACGCUUUUGUCUCAUUUCAUCCCUGGUUUGAAUACCCAACUAACCCAUCUAACGGACUUAACUGAAUUACGCACACUUCUACGUGAAGAUACCUCAUUCUCUGACGUUUCUCCCCUCGUCUGCCCGUUAUCUCGUUCCGUAAAUCCUCUUCCCCAGUCUCCUUCGAAAAACUGGGUUACCUCUUUGCAAAAACUAGCGUUUGGCCGGAUGGAAAUGAAGGAAAAUUGAGUUACAUGCUAUAUGUAACUGGCUACUCUGGCAUCAACUAUAUCAUGCAUUAGUGGCGUUCUUGGGAUCUGAUUUUUCACUUCUCCUUUUUUGGCUAUCCUGUUGCCUGUGUCCCUGAUAUUUGUGCUUCUCAUUCUUGUCAAUUUCAUGUGGAUUCUUCGUGCAUUUUUUAUUAUUAUUUAAAACUCCUCUUUCUUGUAUGCUGUGUUUUGAGUUUAUUCUGUCUCUUAUAUUCUUUCCCCCUUGAAGUAGCCUCCUCCCUCCCUCUGCCCUGUUCCCCAGCCCAUUUUUUGUCUGUUGCCCGUCAAGCCUAUAUUUAAUCCUUUGUGUCUCUCAGUUGUAGCUUAUUUUACCAGUAGAUUAACCACCUUUUUUGUGAUUCUGCCUUGGGCUAGUUGCUUCCCUCUCUCGCCCUUACUCUUACCCCAACCACCCCCUAGCGCUUAGUUUAGAACAUGUCGGAUUUUCCAACCCUCUGUUACUACUCUAUCUAUCAAAUUGACGAACAACUGCAACUGAUUAUAUCUAGAUAGAUCUGUAUAUACGAUAGGUCAUUUGUCAUUUUAUAUUUAUAAUACCUCUUCAUUCCGUACUAUUAUUUUUAAUUUUAAUCAUCGUCUAUGUUCCUCAGACUAGUGCAUGCUGCUUACUAUCUUGACAGGUCGGAAGAAAGACUACAUCUAUGGCCCGCUGUGCGUAUAAAAGU